AUGCAGGCACAUGAGAUGGUGGAGGGUCUUAACCAACUUCCGGUGCCUAUAAGACUAACGGCACACAUCAGUCCUGAACAAGUUCAAUACCUAGAUGUAGAGUUAAUGGUCGGCAAUGGCAGGAUAGAGUAUAGUCUUUACACCAAGAUGACGGAUAGAAAUACUCUACUGCAUGCCAGCAGUGCCCACCCACAAUCAUUGAUAAAAUCACUCCCCAAAGCGCAAUACUUAAGGGUGAUGAGGAAUAACUCUGAUGAGACUACCAAGGAGAGACAAUUAGCAGAGAUGACACAAAAGUUUCUACAACGAGGAUAUCAACGCUUGGCGUUAGAUCAAGCAUUGAAAGAAGCUAAGAAACCUCGGAUACCUAGAGACCAAACAUCAACUCAAAGAUUGGUCUUCCCUACCACGUACCAUAA